AUGUUGAGAACAUCCCCUUAGAAAUAGAACUAUGAGUGCUGGAACUGUUCUGAUAUUAUUGAAGGAAGAGACCCAGAAAAACUAAUGAACGACUCUUAUGGACAUCAUAUAUUGAGCAAAGACCCUAACGAAGAGGAGUGUCAGCACCAUAGCUUUGAAUAGGAUUAAAGAAUAACUGAAAACAAAAGAGGAUCUGAAAUAAUCUCUACAUAUCCAUCAAUUAACCAACCUCUAAGCGAAGAAGAAGAAAAAUAUUUACAUUCCCACAUGUGUCAUUUUACCAGAGAAUAAUACCUCCGCUCUAUUAUUAAAGAUUUCUAUGAUUGA